AUGAUUUCUGUUGCUAUGCCCACCAUCCUCAUUCAUCUGGUUAUGAGAAGGCUGUUCUAUAGCCAAGAGGUUUUUGUGUCUGAGGACAUCCGUCGAUCUUUCAUUCGCGGGCAAGGUUUAAUACAAUUCGUCCCACAAUAUUUGUCCCCUGUCUUAUCGUCGCUACACGUUAUUUGUUAUCCCAUUGCGAACAAUAUGCUGGUCUAUGGGACAGCCAAAUGUCCACAGCUCAAGAAUACGUCACCGUCCCUCGAAGCCAACAAGAACAAAGAUGUUCUUAGCAAGACACUGCUUGACGGUUGCGCCAAGUUGGCGACUGAUGAAGCGGUCGACGGGACUUGGGCCCAGGUUGGGUUCAUAGAUCUUACAAAUCCCUUGAAUGGAGGAGUCACUUGGCAAGAAGUGCUGCCAUCUAGAACGUGGGUAAAUGUCGGAACACACGAUGUAUUCGUCCAUGACAUCCGCACUUUCGUUCACGAAGCCCAAGCGACCGAGAGGCAUUUGUUGGCUAAAUACCAGCGACUGUACGUUGCAGGGGCUCGUUUCACAGGUAGUGAGGAACAUGAAAACUACGUCAAAUGGCUGGAAGGCGAACUAAAAAGACUGCCUGGCUUAGAGGUAUCCUCAAGUCAUGUUUCUGUCCUUGCAUGGCAGCCGAAAGGGAGUUUGGCCGAGUCAGUGUCUUUGACCCUGACAAAGGAUCACGACCAAGGCUGCCCAGUCGAAAUACAAGUGGCUGGAGCGGUACCUUACUCCCUUCCGACCAGUGGGCGGCAAGGACAUCUGAUAUAUGUUCCUCGAAGCCAGAAAAUCUCCGGCAAUGAAGUCAAAGGCAAAAUGAUCCUGAGAGACUUUCCAGCACGUCCUGUGCCUUACUCUCUUGGUUUGAUACCUUCUUACUUCGCGACUCGCGACUUAGAAGGCGAUCUUAUGAACUUUUACGACAGACCUGGAUUCGCAGACGAGGUUAUCCACCAAGAUCUUCUUGACGCUGGCGAGGCUCAAGUAGCAGGCGUCUUUUUCUUGUUCGACAUACCACGAGACCAAGUUUUAUCAUACUUCGAACCUCACAAAGGUACACAUUAUGAGGUUCCCGCUGCCUAUCUUGGUAUCGAAGAAAGACCCAGCCCUCCUGUGGUACAAGCUGUUAUAGACGCGGUCAUGAGGCGGGAGUUGGAUAGGGUCAUUGUCACACGAGGUGUUUCUACGCCAAACCUUUACAAGACACCGACAUUUACGUCAUUUGGAGGAAUUGGGACCUACUAUCACAAUCUGCUGCUGCCGACGACGUCUUUGAUAUCUGGCCCAUGGUCCCUAUGGGCGCCUAGCUUUGGUCCCGAUUCUAUAGAUGUAUUCAGACUCAGGCAGCAAACUCUUGCCUUGGGGGAUGUCUAUGUACAACUGGAGAAAGCGUCUCGCGAGGAAAUUGUAAGCGGAUAUGAGACGUGUCGCAAGACGAGAGCCUUGUCAGGCUCAUCAUACAUCUUUGAGGAGCCGCCAGAGCAGGCAUCAGAUGCUAAAUCAUUGGUUGGCAAUGUCAUCAAGUAUUAG